AUGUCCAAAGCAACUCUAGCCGUCAUCGCUGCCGCCAGCGCAGCAACAGGAGCCGGAGUCACAGCCCUCCUCUUCUCCGGCAAGUCCUCCAAGCCGCAACAAACUCUCACACCAACACCCACAACCCCGGGCACCGCAACACCCACAAUUCCAGCACCACCCACCACACUGCCAUCCCCAACACUGGCCUCCAAACUAUCCACCGGCCCCGUCAACCCAGCCGGAAUCCUCCAAUAUGGCUUCCCAGGCCCAAUCGCCGACGACCUCUCCUCCCUCCCCGUGCACGGCGCCUACGACCGACGCACCCGCAACCCAGCCUGGGUAGCCGAACACAUCACGCCGGAAUCAAUCGCGCUGAACAUCGGCGACCGCAAGAAGAGCACCUUCUUCGAAGACACAACGGUGCCAACCAUGUUCCGCGCCAAAUUGUCCGACUAUUUCCGCUCGGGCUAUGACCGCGGCCACCAGGUGCCGGCGGCGGACGCCAAGUGGUCGCAGGAAGCCAUGGACGGGACUUUUGCUCUCAGCAAUAUGUGUCCGCAGGUCGGAGAGGGCUUCAACCGUGACUACUGGGCGCAUUUUGAGACUUUCUGUCGGGAUCUCGUCAAGCGGUACCCGUCUGUUCGUAUCGUGACUGGGCCUCUGUAUCUGCCCCACCGUGACCCGGAUGGGAAAUGGCGUGUUAACUACGAGGUCAUUGGUAACCCGCCUAAUGUCGCGGUGCCGACGCACUUCUAUAAGGUUAUUUAUGCCGAGGAUGGGACCAAUUCGCCUACUAGCAAGGUUGCGCUCGGUGCUUUUGUUUUGCCCAAUGCUCGCAUUGCGAAUGAUAAGCGUCUGACGGACUUUGAGGUUCCCCUUGAGGCUGUUGAGCGUGCUUCUGGUUUGGAGUUCGGCUCUAAGUUGGACCCUAGCCGUCGCCGUCGUCUUUGUCAGGAAGUCGCUUGCCAGAUCACUGUGCGCGAGUUCAACAAUGCCAAAAAGCGGGCUUGA